AUGAAUGCUAAAGCUUCUGCUUCAUUUGAACGACUGAAUCCGCAUAAAAUUUUCAUUUUGGAAAAACGAAUUAAGAAGAAAGUUAAAGUCCGUCGACAGCCGUUGGAGAAUUUUCUAAAGAGGAGAAUUGUCAAAAGCGACUUGAAGAAUUUGAAAUAUUCGCAGUUCGAGCCACUCUAUGAAUUGUGGUGUGACUAUUUUAGCACCUUAGUUGAUGGAUCCGGUGGUCAAUUGGAUGCUCGAGUGCUGAAGGCCGAUUAUCAUGGAUGCCUGCUGAUGGUCGCUGAAGCUGCUAAUCCAUCGCAGGUUGGAAUUUGUGGCAUUGUAACUCGUGAAACUAGACAAACUUUCAUGCUGAUUACAAAACAAGAUCGUUUGCUAACUAUUCCAAAGCAAGAUACCAUAUUUCAAUUUGCACUAGAAGGCAAAAUAUAUAUUUUAUUCGGUAACGCAUUCAGAUUUCAACCGUCAUUGCGAGCAAAAAAAAUAUUAAGAAGUCGUUCCUCAAUUCCAUUCUUUCUGAAAUAA